AUGAACAAACUGUAUCUUAUUAAAUAAAACAGAUGUUGUCAAACUGUCGACAUCUCACGGCUUUGGUUUGACCUCCCGGUCACAUUAGUAACCUGUCUCCUUCUUGUCUUCAGAUGACGUCAGUGGAGAGAGCGGUGGAGUACACUGAACUGGAGAGCGAAGCACACUGGGAAACCCAGAAGCCUCUGUUCCGCCUGGCUGAACCUCAGGGGAAGAUCUACAUCGACGGGGUUCUGACCUCUGAGAUCGGCCUCCACGACCCGCGCCAGAAGAUGUCCAUCAUUCCUCAGGACCCAGUGUUCUUUACAGACUCCACGAGGAAGAGCUCCAGCAGCCGGCGCGUCUGUCCACAGCCGUCCUCAAGAAGAACCGCAUCCCGGUCAUCGACGAGGCCACGGCCAACGCGGACCCCGGGUACCGCUGACACAACUCGCCUCACCGGCAGGGGAAAAAUGACGCAUACUGCACCAGAACUGCACACAAUGUGACCUUUUAUUUUUUUCACCAUCAAAAGUGUAAUGUUCUUAUCAAAAUCUUUAUUCAUUUUACUUGUGGAUUUAUUUA